GUGGCCGUUGCAUUUGCUCUUUCAUGGCUUCCACUCUUCCCUUCCCUCCAAUUUCCUGCAAAAUUUUCCCCAACCAAUCUCAAAAUUUCCCAGUUUUACCUCUUCAUCUCCCCUAUUCUUCAUCUGUGCAUAGCCUUUUCAGACUUAAAUCAUCAGCGAGCUCGUCUAGAAAAGUAUCCUCAUCAUCAUCAUCACCAUCAACGUCAUCAGUAUCCUCAGUUUCUGAUACUCUUGUGGCAGAAGAUGUUCUUCAAUCUCCGACUCCAGAAUCAAUCGAAGAUUCCCAGAAGAACCCUUCUUCCAAGCUUGUUCUUGUAGCCGGUGGCUCUGGUGGCGUUGGGCAGUUGGUUGUGGCAUCCUUACUUGGCCGGAACAUAAAAGCACGCCUUAUUCUUCGAGAUCCUGAGAAGGCAACUUCUCUAUUUGGUAAACAAGAUGAGGCAAAAUUGCAGAUUGUCAGAGGUGACACAAGGAAUCCACAGGAUCUAGAUCCUGCAAUAUUUGAGGGUAUUACACAUGUCAUUUGCUGCACAGGUACAACAGCCUUUCCAUCAAGGCGCUGGGAUGGAGACAAUACUCCAGAAAGAGUAGAUUGGGAAGGUGUGAGAAAUCUUGUUUCAGCAUUGCCUCCGUCAGUGAAAAGGAUUAUUCUUGUUUCAUCAAUUGGAGUCACUAAAUGUAAUGAACUUCCUUGGAGCAUUAUGAACCUUUUUGGUGUCUUGAAGUACAAGAAAAUGGGGGAGGACUUUGUUCGGAACUCUGGUCUUCCAUUCACAAUAAUCAGAGCUGGCCGAUUGACAGAUGGACCAUACACAUCAUAUGAUCUCAAUACUUUACUCCAAGCUACUGCUGGGGAGCGACGUGCUGUGCUUUUAGGUCAAGGUGAUAAACUUGUUGGGGAGGUCAGCAGGCUUGUGGUUGCUGAAGCUUGUUUACAGGCAUUGGACAUAGAUUUAACAGAAGGUCAAAUAUAUGAAAUCAAUUCAAUCAAGGGCGAAGGACCGCGAAGCGAUAGAGAAAAGUGGCUGGAGUUGUUUAAAUCCGCCCAUACCCAAAGUUUGCAAAAACAGAGCUGACCCUAUUUGAGUACAUACCAGGACACAUACUACUGUAAUUAGAAAUAUAUACCCUAGGAAGUGCCCAUAUAUGUGAAUAUAUGCAUACUCAGUGUGAUGAGCUUUGUAUAUCUGCUUGAGAAUUAAAGAUGUUCAUUGCCUUGUCCAUCUUUGGAAUUAGCAUCAACUUGUCUGGUUGAAAGAAUCUAAUAUGAUCUACAAUUUUCAGAGGAUUUUUGCGUGAUUAUGUUAACAUGGGCAUUGCCUAAUCUUUAAUGCAAAUCUGCAUGAUAUUAUGUGACCA